GUUGCGGCGCCCCGCUUAGGAAUCGCUAUGGUAACGGGAAGGUCUGGAAGCUUCUUGACUGGUCGCAGGUCUAUGUACAGUCACCCCUGCUUUUCUGGAACUUGAGUGAAUACAAUCAAGUGACAUCUUAAAAUUUUACUGGAAGUGGAGACAUGAGACUGAAGAUAUCUCUUUUAAAAGAACCAAAGCAUCAAGAAUUAGUAAGCUGUGUGGGCUGGACUACUGCUGAAGAACUGUAUUCAUGUAGUGAUGAUCACCAGAUAGUGAAGUGGAACCUGUUAACCAGUGAAACAAGUCAAUUAGUAAAGCUACCUGAUGAUAUUUACCCCAUAGAUCUUCACUGGUUUCCAAAAAGUUUAGGCAUAAAGAAACAGACUCAAGCAGAAAGCUUUGUUCUUACAAGUUCUGAUGGUAAAUUUCACCUGAUUUCCAAGUUAGGAAGAGUGGAAAAAAGUGUGGAAGCUCAUUGUGGAGCAGUACUUGCAGGAAGAUGGAAUUAUGAAGGAACAGCAUUAGUUACAGUUGGAGAAGAUGGACAAAUAAAAAUUUGGUCAAAGACUGGGAUGCUUAGAUCAACUUUAGCUCAGCAAGGAACACCAGUGUAUUCAGUAGCUUGGGGCCCUGAUUCAGAAAAAGUUCUUUACACAGCAGGCAAGCAGCUGAUUAUUAAGCCUCUUCAACCAAAUGCUAAAGUUUUACAGUGGAAAGCUCAUGAUGGUAUUAUUUUGAAAGUUGAUUGGAACUCAGUCAAUGACCUUAUUUUAUCUGCUGGUGAAGAUUGUAAAUAUAAGGUGUGGGAUAGUUAUGGCCGUCCACUGUACAAUUCACAACCUCAUGAGCAUCCUAUUACUUCGCUUGCUUGGGCUCCAGAUGGAGAAUUAUUUGCUGUUGGAUCAUUUCAUACUCUACGUUUAUGUGAUAAAACUGGGUGGUCAUAUGCUUUAGAAAAACCCAACACUGGAAGCAUAUUUAAUAUUGCUUGGUCAAUUGAUGGCACUCAGAUUGCUGGAGCCUGCGGAAAUGGGCAUGUUGUUUUUGCUCAUGUGGUGGAGCAACGUUGGGAGUGGAAAAAUUUUCAAGUGACAUUAACUAAAAGAAGAACCAUGCAGGUUCGGAAUGUUCUUAACGAUGCAGUGGAUUUAUUGGAAUUUCGUGACAGAGUCAUUAAAGCAUCUUUAAACUAUGCACACUUAGUUGUUUCAACAUCUCUUCAAUGUUAUGUAUUCUCUACGAAAAACUGGAAUACACCACUUAUAUUUGAUCUCAAAGAAGGAACUGUCAGUUUAAUUCUACAAGCAGAAAGACAUUUUCUUCUUGUUGAUGGUGGUGGUAUCUAUUUAUAUUCUUAUGAAGGACGCUUCAUUUCUUCUCCAAAAUUUCCCGGCAUGAGAACAGAUAUUCUGAAUGCACAGACUGUGUCUCUAAGUAAUGAUACUAUAGCAAUAAAAGAUAAAGCUGAUGAGAAAAUAAUCUUUCUCUUCGAGGCAUCAACUGGAAAACCACUAGGUGAUGGGAAACAUCUUUCUCAUAAGAAUGAAAUUUUGGAAAUUGCUCUGGAUCAAAAAGGACUUACCAAUGAUAGAAAAAUUGCUUUCAUUGAUAAAAAUAGAGAUCUCUAUAUCACUUCAGUAAAACGAUUUGGAAAGGAAGAACAAAUUAUCAAGCUUGGAACAAUGGUGCAUACUUUGGCCUGGUGUGAUACAUGCAAUAUUCUUUGCGGACUUCAGGAUACUCGAUUUACAGUGUGGUAUUACCCAAAUACAGUUUAUGUGGACAGAGACAUUUUACCUAAAACAUUAUAUGAAAGGGAUGCAAGUGAGUUUAGUAAAAAUCCCCAUAUUGUGAGUUUUGUUGGAAAUCAGGUAACUAUAAGAAGAGCGGAUGGCUCCCUGGUACAUAUUAGCAUAUCACCGUAUCCUGCUAUUCUUCAUGAAUAUGUAAGCAGUUCAAAAUGGGAGGAUGCUGUGAGGCUUUGUCGCUUUGUUAAGGAGCAAACUAUGUGGGCUUGCCUGGCUGCGAUGGCAGUUGCUAAUCGAGAUAUGAUUACUGCAGAAAUAGCUUAUGCAGCCAUUGGUGAAAUCGACAAAGUUCAGUACAUCAAUUCUAUAAAAGAUCUUCCAUCUAAAGAAUCAAAAAUGGCCCACAUAUUACUGUUUAGUGGGAACAUACAGGAGGCUGAAAUAGUACUUCUUCAGGCUGGCCUUGUUUAUCAAGCAAUCCAGAUCAAUAUUAAUCUGUAUAACUGGGAAAGGGCACUAGAAUUGGCUGUAAAAUACAAAACGCACGUUGAUACUGUUCUUGCUUACCGUCAGAAGUUUUUAGAGACAUUUGGUAAACAGGAAACUAAUGAGCGAUAUUUGCAAUAUGCAGAAGGUCUCCAAGUAGAUUGGGAGAAAAUCAAAGCUAAAAUUCAGAUGGAAAUUACUAAAGAACGAGAGCGCUCAUCAAGCAGCCAGCCCAGCAGGAACACAGGUCUGAAGCUCUAAGCACCUUGCCCACCUUCAAGACAUUUUGAGAUUAAUUCUGUUUAGCCAAAGCAUGUUUUGGUUGCAAAAUAAAAAGGUAUAGUCUUUAAUUAUAAGCACUUUCUGUGUAUUUGAUACUUGAAAGUAUAAUCAGAUAAAGAGUAAGCACAAAGUAAUUGAUAUAGUUUCAACUUUUAUAUUUUCUAGUCUAAUAUUUAGCAGAGCAUUUCUGUAAUUUCUCUUUACCUAUGUAGUGUUUGUAUAUCCCAUGUUUUGUUCAUUACCUUAUCCCUGAAUCUUUAGGCAUGCACAAAUGUGAAUGCUGAUGAUAAAACAUUGGACUCGUUUUUUGACCUCCUAAAUUGUAAAGUGCCUCCAAGAGCUUAUUUAUACCAUGACAUACAGAUACGUUUGUGAAAAAUAUGUAAUAAGUUAGAUACCUGUACAUCAAAGUUCAGAGUAGCUUUCUUUGAAUAGCAAAAGGUAGAAAAACCUCAAAUAUCCAUCUAUAGAUGAGUGAACAAAUCAGUGUGGUAUCCACAUACAAUGGAGUGUCAUUCAGCCUUACAAAGGAAUUAAAUCCUGAUGCAUGUUACAACAUAGAUGAACCUUCAAAAACUUGGCUAAGUGAAAUAAACCCAACACAAAAUGUUGUGUAUUGUAUAAUCCCACUUAUGUAAGGAGCCUAGAAUCAGCAGGUUCAUAGAAACAAAUCAAUCAGCAGGUUCAUAGGAACACAGUGGUUUUUAGGGACUAGGGGUGAGAAGUUGGGAGUUUAUUGUUUAAUGAGUAUGGAGGUUUUGUUUGACAUGAAAAAAUUAUUGAAAUGGGUAGUGGUGAUGGUUGUACAUUUAUGGAUUUUAAUGU